GUAGGACUUCUGUCAAACUGUCGCCUAAUGACAGUACCACAUGUGCCUUGGUUAUAAGCGAAAAUUAAAAAUCAAUACGUUAGCAUUAAAUUAUAAUUAUUUUGUUACGAAAAUAAUAUAUGAUCAAAGGCGAUGACGUCCAAAUGCUAUUGCGUUCCAGCCGAAACUCCACUGGAAAUCGAAAAGACAGAUUCUAAAUAUGCACACGUUGAAGUUCAUUUUGGAAAAGUGCCUUUUAACGCCAAAAAAACUAAAGAAAUUGAAUUAGAAAUAGAAGAAAAGGUCGUAGAUACUUUUGUUGUGAGAAAAAUUAACGAACAACAAAUGCAUUCAAACGUAUUUUAUGUGACACCAUCCAGUGGGAUCCAUAGAUAUGGUACCAAAUUAAAGCUGAAAUGCACCUAUGUACCAAAUAUGCCUUUUGUGUCCAAUUACGAAGAAUUUAAAGUAACUGGAGUACAUGUUUCUACCACCAUCGCCAUGUGGGGGGAAUCGACAGGUCCCUUAGUGACGGCGUCUACCACCCACGUGACUUUUCUGCAAGAGCCACGUCAUAAAAACGGCAGGGCGGUCAUAGAACUAAGAAACCAUACGGAUAUUCCGGCUGCCUUUACGAUGGAAAUCGAUUCUAAACAGAAAUUGUUCGCCGUCACGCCACUGCAAGGAGUUUGCUCUUCGGUCACAUUCGUUGUGAUCAAUUUUAACCCCCCAGACCAAUUUGAGACGUACGCCCAGCAGCUGAACUGCUUGUUUUAUGGUUGUCAACCCAUCGUCAUCAACAUCCUCGGUGUGUACAGUAAGAAAGCCUUAAAUCCAAACACCAUUUCUGUCAUUUACUAUCCCAUUCAAUUCGAAGAGAAAGUCGGUUACAAAGGAUGCUUUAGAAUGGAAAAUGAAGAUAGAAGAUCGCUUGCCCCUGUCACGCUUAGCACGCACUACUUGGAAUUAGGUCGAGCUAUUGUCAAAGAACUCUAUGACGAUAAAUCUACGAUAGCUACUAAAAAUUUCAAUUUGACCAAUAAUUUGGAAAACGAUGUUACGAUCAACUGGAUAGAAGAAGAUAAAGUAUUUAGCAUAUUUCCCAGAAAAGCCACCGUACGUCCAGGAGAAUGCACGUUUUUCAAGUGUUUUUUUAACCCAAUGCACGCUGAAACAUGUUACAACAGAAUGUUUACUGCGCAAGUGUACUGGACACCCCACAAUCUCGAUACACUGCCCACUAACGAAAAUGUCAUUGUUGUUCCAUUGACUGUGUCUAUCAAUUUACAAGGCCAUUCCUAUCGCGAAGGUCAAUUACCAUUGGGAAAUUUAGAGUUUUCACCGUCUGAAAUAGAAUUUCCAUUAUCAUUAUCUGGCGAAAAUAUUUACCGAAACUUUAAAAUAAUUAAUAAACUUUCCAGGCCGGUCAUGUUUAAACUCGUAGCAGCUUGUCUAAGCCACGUAAUAAUGACGCCAAUGUCGGGUAUGAUCACAGAUUUCGUCGUCAUUUUGGCCAACAUCAGACGUCUCAGGGACGACAAACCAUUGGACGAGUCCUGGCAUCUCGUUCUCAACGGUCAAGAUCAGAAAAAUAUAAAAUUUCGAAUUAUCGCUCGAACGGAAUUGCCCUCGAUAAGGAUCGAAGACGACAAUAAAGUGUAUUUUGAAUCGAUUCAAAUUGAUACGGUCGCUACUAAGAGUGUGAUGCUGCAUAACACUUGCGAUUUUAAUAUCAGUUUUCAUUUCGUCCAACCAGACCAUCAUUACCUAUACGUUGAGCCCGCACAGGGUACUGUCCAAAUGCACAAGAAGAUACCAUUGACUAUAACGUUCAAUGCAAGUCCUUGUGCUCCCAAGACGACUAAUAUACUCAUUCGCAUGUAUGUUCAACAGAAAGUGGACGAAAUUGUUGGUUUAAAUUUUGAACAUUAUUUUACGGUUUUCACGGAAUCUACAUAUUCGCAGUUGAGUGCUACGCCCCUGACUGAUGAAUUCGAAUUGGUAGAAUACGGUACAAAGAUACAAACAUCUUUCCACUUACAUAAUUUCGGCGUAUCAGUCGUAUAUUUCAAAAUCAAUGCCGUAAUAAGCCAGGACAAAUUCAAAAUAAGUCCCGUAAUGGGUCAGGUAGAACCCAAAGCAAGCUUGAAGAUGGACCUGUCUUUAGAAUGCAAAACGUUGGGAAGAAAUUUAGCGUUCAUCGAGUACUACAACAGAAUCGACGGUACUAGUGAAAAGCAUGGCAAAGAAGCAGUACCGUUACUAGAAUUUUCUUACAAAUGCGAAAUGUCGAUAUUAAAGAUAAAAGAGAUAGUAGAACAUACAUUCGGACCGUUAUUUACGAAAAAACAUUUCUGGAAAUUUCUCAAAGUCGACACUAUAAAUGAACUCUUCGAUUCGAUGCUUCCAGAAGACACUCAAGCUUUAGAAAUAAUCUUACCGGAAUGUCCGGUCGGCAGUCGUCAUUACGUCACUUUUCUGUUAGAAAACGAUACGGAUUUAGACACGGAAAUAACGUUAAAAAAAUUGAAAUUGUGCAAUUGCGGGUACAAACAAGUACCGUGCAAGUACCGUAUCAAGUACGCCUUGGAUUGCAUUCAUAGACAGACGUUGUUUAUGGAGAUCACGCAAACUAAAGUUGACAAGAGGUCUAGUCAGAAGAUAACCAUAGAUGUGUUCUACUAUUUACCAGGCGUUAAUAUCAUGGCUUACGAGAUUUAUAUUAGACCAUCUAGGAAGCUUAUCCUUUAUUUUAACAUUUUCGGAAUACCAGAAAACGUGAGCAGAAUCAGCGUUUACAAAAACGAUUUAUUUUUGAAGAUGUAUUCUGGAGUAUUGUCUGCUAGAAGCCACCAACCCCAUAUGUUCUGGUUCUACAACAACUCCAACAUUGCUGCAAAAAUCGAAUUAAAUCUAUGCGAUGUUAAACAAUUGAAUGAAGCGAACAAGUUCACGAUCUUCGAAUGUGUGUACAACGACACACUUAUUAGUCCAAAGGGCAUUUGGCCUUUGAUGGUAAAGUUCCAUCCCAUUGAGUUGACGAGGUAUCAGGUUACUGUACAAAUUACGAUAAACAACGAAACAAAAGUACUUUGGAUCGAAGGUUUCGGUACUAUGAGAUCGCAAGUCAACAGAUUUUUCGACUCCAGCAUGCCGGAAGCUUCCACGCAAACGCAUAAAUUUCCCAUUAAAUUUUCGAAGGAUGUAUUAAUGAUUAAAUGCCUUCCCAUUUGGAACUAUGCAGAACAAGUGAUUUUCAUUGAAAAUCUAUCAAAAACCCGAUUGGUCUAUUACGAAUGGGUCGAUUUCUAUUUAGAAAACAUCAUCAGAAUCACUGUGCACGAAAAAGUUGGGAUAUUGCGACCAGGAAAAUCCAGAUCGGUCAAAGUGCUGAUAGAAUCUUUCAACCAAACGAUCUUAGCCAGUUUCGUUCUAGCUUGUUCGGUAAUGGAUCUGCAGUUGCUGUACAAUCAUAAGAGGAUGCAGGCGCUGCAAGAAGAAAUGGAGAAGCGCAAAGAAGAAGAAUUCGAAUUCUCGCAUUAUCCGAUCAAUUACAGCAAUGAUAAGAAUGGAGAGGAUAAGGCGCAAAUGACCCUUUCUAGCAGAUGUCUAAAUUACGUAAUGACAAUUACAGUACAAGUGAACGUUGUCGAUAGGAAAGACUUGCACCUCUUCGUUAGUGAUCCCAGCAACAUGUUGAAAUUUAAUUUACCGGAAUCUUUGAGCGUGGAUCCGUGCCGUAUAGCUGCCGAUCGUGCCGAAGAGGCUUACCUCGCCGAAGAAAAAAAGUGUUCUACGGACCAACCACACGAGCCCAAAUGUCAAAGCAUGAACGCUGAUAUGGUGGAAAACGUUUUCGAAAAAAUAAUAUCUGAUGUUGUAUUCGACACUGGAUUCCCACAAAUCGUUUCAACCAUUUUCGAAAAUCACCCGCCGUAUUACACGCAACUCAAACUAGACGCUGAAAAAUUAUGCGAUACAGACUGUUGCGCGGAGUUCUUGAAGAAGGCUAAGAAACUGGAAGUGAAGAAGUUCUUCUCGCGUCCGACGAUUCCGACGUUGGCUGAUACUUUUAGAUCGUUUAUUGAAGACAGUAUCAACGGGUUCUUUAAAUUGACUCCGCUGGAAGAGCAGCUAAAGGACGAAAAGGCCAUCAAGGCCACGAUGGAGCAGCUAGAGGGUUUGUGUACGCUGAAGGAGUGCGGAUGCGCGUCUAAGAAAAUUUAAUAUAUAUUUUUUCAUAUAUUUAUAAUAAAUUUAUGCCAAAUCUU